AUCUUUAUCAGCGAAAACAUGGACGAAAUUUAUUAAGUUCAAAAAGAUGACUUAUUUAUGUGGUCUAAAUAAUUUGGUUCCCAAUGUUUUAUAAAUCUUACCCAUUUAAAACAUACAUGAUGGUUUGAUAUAGUUUAAUAUGUUGACUAUUAUAAACGUAUUUAAGCUGACUGACACACAACUGUUUUCUUAACAAUGAAAUUUGUGGUACUUUUUGUGUUUCUAUUUCUUGGAGUUGUAUCAGGGUUUCUAGUUGAAAAUGGGAACGCAACUUCAUCAAAUCAUCAAGCAACUGAUCAAGUAAUUCAAAAUAUGUUUAACUUGAUUGUAAACGAGCAAAGAUCAAGGCUUCAACUGCAGAAACUGGUGACAACUCUAAGCAAAAAAAUUGAUAAACUUGAACACGCACAAGGCCAGAUGCAGACAGAAUUUCUCCAAAAUUUUACGAACAGAUUUAAUGAAACAAACGUGUCAGUCGGAUUUGCAGUGUCAGAACCAGACAAGUCAUCUGGUUCUGCCCUUAAGUUCAGACACGUGAUCUUCAAUUCAGGCAACGACUAUAGUGUGUCCUCAGGUGUGUUCACUUGUAGACAUCCAGGACUCUACUUCUUCACAGUAACUCUUUUCAGAAGCCCUGGUUUUCGCCAAAGCCAAUGUUCAAUUUCUGUCAACGGAGUUGACCAGUUAGCAGUGAACAGUGGUACUGAUCUCAAUGGUGGAUAUCAGUCAGGAUCAUCAUCACUUGUUUAUUGUUUAAAGGCAGGAGAUAUUGUUAUCCUAUCGGGUUGCAUUGGACAAGACCACAUGUUCGGUUUUUCAAGUUUUUACUGGAUUUCGUGUUUCAUAUUAAUUGACAAAUCGUCGUCAAUUAAGCAACAUCAAUGAACCACAUCCUUGCCAAACGUCAUCUCAGUCAU